UGAGUCCCUGGACCUGGUCGCAGGGUCGUCGUGGUUCUCUUCCUUGGACCUCCGCAGCGGGUAUUACCAAGUCCCUCUUGCCCCGGAGGCCAGACCAAAAACGGCUUUUUCAUCGCACCAUGGGACAGCAGCUGGCCAUCCUCACGUCGCGGCAUCAGCGCGACUGGGACGAGCAUCUGCCCCUGGUGCUCAUGGCAUGUCGGUCUGCAGUCCAGGAGUCAUCAGCCUGUUCGCCGGCCCUCCUCAUGCUGGUGAGACAGCUUCGAACCCCUGCGGUGUUGGCGUUUGGUCGGCCACCAGAUUCCCUGGACACGCCUCCUGGUCCUGAGUACGCAAGGAGGCUGCAGGACCGGCUUGAGUCCGCUCAUGCCUUUGCCCGCGAGCAGCAGAAAAGUGCUGCGGUGAGACAGAAGCGGAACUACGACAUCAGGACCAGAGGGCAGCAUUUCCGGGCCGAGGAACUGGUUUGGGUCUACAGCCCACAACGAACGAAAGGCCGGUGCCCAAAGUUGGACAGUCAGUGGGUGGGUCCUUGCCGAGUACUGGAGAGGGUGGGGGAAGUGGUCUACAGGGUGCAGCUGCCACCAAAGGGGAGAAAAGUGGUGCUCCACAGAGACAGGCUGGCUCCGUACAGAGGCGUCGCUUCCCCACAGACCGAAGGAACCUCGGGACACACAGACGUCCCAUCGACAUCCCUCCGCAGACCCCCCGGCGGACAGAGCAGCAGUCCCCCAUCAAGGACUGAGAGUCCCCCCCAGUCUUUCGGCGCCUGGGCCAGAUCCGGCAACCCCAGCCCCCCUGCCGAGAAGGCAGACACGACCCCCGGGUCGUUUCAGAGACUUUGUGUGGUAGUAAGGUUAUAG